AUGUCUCAAUUCAGUGAAGAACCUGCAGAAACGGACAAAAAUUUUCUCUCGUCUACAGAUAAAAACCUAACGACGCGUACAGGCGGUAGAAGACAAUUCACGUAUAGUGAAAAGUUAUUACCAUCUCAAAAUGUCGAACAACCCACCUCUGGUGAAAGACAAUUCUCAUAUAGUGAUACGUUAGCUUCAACUCCAAAUGUCGGAAACCCGGAGAUAGAUAAUGAUUCAGACUCACAAUUACCAUUAGCCACAAAUCCUAUUUAUCCGCCUCCAGUUUUAUCUGGUGACGGUUACGUGAAGCAAAUACAUAAAAGGCCACCACUUCCUUCACCAGUGGUUAUAAAUCCUGUUUAUCCGCCUCCAGCUUUACCUGAAGAUACAAAGGAUCCGAAAAAAACAUUUAAUGUGGAAGAAAUUUUGGAUAUCGUAAAAGAGGUCACCGAUGUAGUUCUACAGGACUCUGCUUAUUUGCACACUCGAGUUUCUACGUGGAACAAGCAAAUUGUUAAUAGUUGCGUAAAGAAACUAUGCGGUCUGGGUAAAGCUUUCAAGUAUAUUGUGACAUGUACAAUAGUUCAAAAAACCGAUGCAGGUUUACAUUCUACAAGCUCUUGUUAUUGGGAUGCACGAUUUGAUGGGUGUGCAAAGUUUCAUCGCGACUUGAAAAAUAUGGAUGUGGUAGUAAAUGUAUUUGGUUUGGCGGUAUGA